GCGCAGAUUUAGCCUGUAGAAAAGCUCAUAAUAAUAACUGUUAAGCCGGGAAAGAAUAAGGUGGCGGGCGGAAUAGUCGGGCACUGGCGGGCCGGUCCCAGCAUUCGUCAGAUAGUGUGCGUUCCCGCGGGGAAAAUUAAGGGGAGUAUUAGUGACACUCUAAUGCAUAGUAUAUAUUUACAAGGCAGAUUAUUUCAAAUGCGUAGCUGGUCAUAUAUAAAAAAAAUAAAAAAAAGGUUGCGAGAUAAUGCACACUUCAGACUCUGAUGAACCGACUACAGUGCUUUCCUCUGCUGGUAUUCUUGUGGUGCUAACAUAAGUACCGGGUAUUCAUACAGUGUCUUGGCAGGCAUGGUGCUAGUACUUUCCUCUGCUGGUAUUCUUCCAUGGCAGUCACUUAUCGUCUCCUGUCUGAAGGGACGAUUCCACCGGUGAUCCGACUGGCUGGGCACCUCGGGGACCUGACGGCGGUGGACUUGUUACGUCGUCGGCCGUUACCUGCGUCUCCUGCAAGACCGAGAGGGCGUCUUCCACCUGACUACAACCCGGAAGCGGACCGAGUUGUCUUUCAUCGUCCCGUGUGGUGUGUUCGACCCGUACCAGCCGUCUGCUUCCAUUUAUAUGGAGGGAUCGGAGGCCAACAUCACCUUGCAGUCCUGCUCCGGCUGCCUCCCGCCGUCGUUGCUGUCCUCCCUAGGAGUACCACAAUUGUUUAUGUUAUUAAACCUGGUGUCUCUUACCAGUUGUUUGGCUUCCACCCUCAGCAUAGGUCACCACUGUCACAACCUUUACAGUGCUGAUAAGGCUGCGAGGCCCGGAAACCAGAGCCAGACAGCGUUAGUCAGCCACGCAGAAGCUUGACUGACUUGAGAGCAGCGAGUGUGUGCGCGGGAGGGGACAAGAUGGACGAAUAUAUCAAUCCCAGCUUCAUGGAAGAGAACGGCCGCGCAGCACAGGUGGACGGCGUUCAGCAGGAACAGCUGCUGGCAAUGGAGGAGGGCCGCGCGGCGCAGGAGGACCACCAUAGGCAGAUGUAUGUGGCGGUGCAGACAGGCGACGAGGCCAGGCUACGCAACGCCCUAAGGCACCUCUCCAAAGAGACCUUCAACAAAUCCUUCCCUUGGUCGAUCUACACCGCCCUGCACCUCACAGCCAAGAACAACUUCCCCAAGCUGGUGACCGCCCUGCUGGAGGCCGGCGCGGACCCCAACACCAAGAACCUCUAUGAUAAGUUCUGUCCCCUUCACUACGCCGCCAAGAAUGGCAACGUGGAGGUGGUCAAGACCCUCCUGGAGAAAGGUGUCGACCCAAAUGCCAAGGCAGGGUGCUACCGCGAUACGGCCCUCCACCUCCUCGUCAAACACAGGGAGACUGACGAGGACUCCUACAAGGCCUGUCUGGACGCCCUCCUGUCCUGUAAUGAGACCAUCGUUGACGUACUUAACCUUGAGAGACAGUCUCCGCUCUCCAUGGCGAUCAACAGGGGCUGGGAGUACAUGGUGAAGCAGCUUAUAUACAAGGGGGCGAACAUCAAGGCAACUUAUGGCAACAAAACCGCUGAGGAUCUUAUCAAGAAUGAGUUCCCUGGCUUACUGGACUCCAUCGACUCCUCCGCCAUCGUUGAGCCACAGAGGCACCUCAGCGAGGAGCUCUACAAUGCUCUGAUCCGCCGCGACAUUGAACUCUUUCGAGAGAUCCUGGACGAGAUCGAGGAAGACGAAUCGCAGUCCUUGAAGUCAGCGCUGGAGAAGCAGCAAGAGGAGUACACACUGCUGAUGUAUGCAUGCAAGGAGCGACUGACGGACUUCAUGAAGGAGUUGCUGAAGCGCGGUGCUGACACUUCACAGGAGGACCAGACCAGCCAGAUGAACCCGAUCCUGUAUGCGGCAGAGCAUGGAUACUACGAGAUACUCACGCUCCUGCUGCUGGCGCUGAGAGACCAGGAUGACCCGAACACAGAUUACAGGAAGGUGAGGGACGCCUUGAAGAAGAGAGAUGACCGGGGGCAGACGGCUCUGCACAAGAUAGUCAGAAGGAGGUAUGACAAUAAAGAAGAAGGCGUUGAUUACUCCAUGUGUCUGGAGCUGCUGCUGGACAUGAAACGGUUGAUGGACCUGGAUUUGCAGGUAGAGCUCGGGUACACUGAGGAACAGUCCCAAGACCUGGAUGCAAAGUAUAGGAUCACUUUCACGGACAAAUGUUUGGUGGAUCUGGAUACACAGGAUGAGUUAGGGUCCACAGCUCUGCAUUACGCUGUACACUUUGAUGACCAGAGCUUUGUGUGUAAACUCCUCCUCAGCGGGGCAAGUCUCACCAUCAAGGACAAGUUUGGGGAGCUGGCCAUAUCCCGCAUCCAGGCGUCAGUCCUGGAGGAGGUGUUCAACAACUGCAUAAAGUCACGUAACAAUGAAUUCAACGAUAACUUUAAGAUCACCUUCCACUACAGCAAGUUGGUGCCCAAACAAACGUCGCACCACCUGAAGAUGUACCCGGAGACAAAGUUCCUGAUGUUCCUGAGUGACUCACAUGAGCACCAACAUCUCCUCAAACACCCUGUGAUUGACACGCUCCUGUCCCUGAAGUGGCGGAUGAUCCAGAAAUACUACUACAUAAACACCCUGGUGUACAUGGCCUUCCUCGCCUUCCUGACAGCCUACAUCCUUCUCUUCCAUGGGAACUUCACACCCUCGAUGGAUGCUGACCCAAGUGGACACAAUGCCACAGCCAACACAGGCGUUCCAGACCCAAGCGGACACAAUGCCACAGUCAACACAGGCUUUCCAGACCCAGCAAAGGACAACAUGGCCCUCAAGAUCAGUCUACAAGUCCUCAUCUCCAUCUGCACCUCGUUUAUUGCAGUGAGGGAAGUGACUGAGUUCUGUAUCUCCUGGAGACAGUACGUGGAAAGGUUUAAGAACUGGCUUGAAAUCUCAAUAAUUCUCCUGACUUGCACGGUGCUGUUCAUGCCCAUGGAGGCAGCGCUGCAGCAGAGUAUGUGUGCCUGGCUGGUGCUGUUCUCGUGGAUAGAGUUGGUGCUGGUGCUGGGACAGCACCCAGGCCUGUCCAUCUACAUCACCAUGUUAUCUAUGGUCACCAGCAACUUCCUCAAAUUCAUCGCCAUGUUCUCCUCCAUGGUGGUCGCCUUCAUCUUCAGCUUCUACCUGGCAUUUCAAGUGGAUGAAAACUUCACCACCACCUCCUUCACUCCAUACCACAACUCCCUCCUCAAGACCCUAACCAUGGCCACCGGGGAGAUUGAGUACAAGGAUCUCCCCCUCGACGCCUUUCCCGUCUUCUCGCACCUCCUCUUCGUGGCCUUCGUGUUCCUCAUCGUGCUUGUCCUCAUGAACCUGCUCAAUGGCCUGGCGGUGAGCGACAUCCACAAGAUCCAGAAAGAGGCGGAGAUCACGAGCUACAGAAGCAGGGUGGAGCUGGUGUCCAUCAUUGAGUCUGGGUUACUGACCGGUCCACUGCAUCAGAUCUUCCUAUGGUCGCUGUGGUGCUGUGUGGGUGGUGAUGACAAGUACAAGUGCCGCUGUCCCAUCUGCUGUCCCAUCAGUUGGAAGCGGCACAGCCUAGCCAGACAGCUCCUCAACCGCCUGAAAUGCAGGGCACCCAUGUCCCAGACCUGUUUCAACAACAAGCAAACCAUCUCCAUGUUCCCCAACAACCCCUACUUCCCCUUCCAGCUAACGAAGGCACAGAUUAAGGCGGCCAAGGACGCGAUGCUGAAGAAGAAGCAAGCCACGGCCAAUGACCGCUCGGGGCUGGAGUUUUGCAUGAAACAGCUGAUGGACACAGUUUCAUCCCUCAAGGAGAAGAAGGUGGACAAACACGUGGUGCUGGAGAAGGACCUCGCCACGGCCAACAACUGCCUGGAUCAGUUGAUGGACACAGUUUCGUCCCUGCCGGAGAAGGUGGACAAACACGUGGUGCUGGAGAAGGACCGUGAUGCAGCCAACAACCGCCUCUCGGGGCUGGAGUCUUGCAUGAAUCAGCUGAUGGACACAAUUUCAUCCCUGACGGAGAAGGUGGACAAACACGUGGUGCUGGAGAAGGAGCUCGCCACGGCCAACAAUCGCCUGGAUCAGUUGAUGGCCGCAGUUUUGUCCCUGACGGAGAAGGUGGACAAACACGUCCUCUGCCCGUCUCCGCAGUGACGCCAAAACACCCUGGCCGAGGUGGACACCUGAUACCCUGUGUCAUGCUGAAGACUCUGCGAUGAUUUUAGCCCAGAGGAAGCAGUGAAGGGGAAACAUUCAAACAAUGGACAGAGUAAAUAAGGCACAGAACAAAGGAACCUCAACUGAACUGAACUGAAGUGAGAGCAAGCGGCCGUACCAAGGAGGCAGAACAUGGCAGCUUCUUCCUCAGGUUCUUGUUGAUCUUGUCACUGAAGCUGACCGGCUCCCACCCGUCCUGCCAGAAGGGGAUGGACGCCGUCUCACCGAAGUGAUGCAGCAGCAGCCCGCACCAACCCACCGCAUUCAGGAUGGACGCACCGAGGCAACAAGUACAAGCUUAGUCUUUCCUUCUGCCUGCUGUCACAAAUGGGGAGUCAGGGGGAGAAGGAAGGCAAGGGACAGAGCCAUUCAGGAUGGACGCGCCGAGGCAACAAGUACAAGCUGGCACGUGAAGACAGCUGCUAAGUCUUUCCUUCUGCCUACUGUCACAAAUGAGGAGUCAGGAGGAGAUGUAUAAAUCAUAAAUAAAGUCACUCAGUUUUCCGGCACUUCAGAGGGGCAAGUUUUUACAGGUAUUCCCAUUAGUCUUCAUAAUAAAUGCUGUUACUAGUAAGUCACGUCUGUAGCCAUUGUUCAAAGUGAUCCUGUGUGUGUGUGUGUGUGUGUGUGUGUGUGUGUGUGUGUGUGUGUUGGAAAGUUAUUUGUCUCCUUAACACUCUUCUUUAGCAACUGACUGCCAUCAUUGCACACACACUA